AUGGAGCGUAACAAACUGGAGCGACGCAAGUCGCUCACCCAUCCUUCUCUCCUUGAUAGAAGCCUACAGAAAUCCAAACAGGAAGUCAGUCUCAGCAUAUUUGCUUUCCUUUUCUCCGAAAUUGUCCAGUACUGUCUGAGCUCCGCAAAAAAGGGCUACCGCAUGGAAGACAGGUUGCACGAGCUUGGGCUGCGUGUCGGGUAUAAGAUCCUCGAUCUGCUGGUUUACCGCGAGCGGCAUAAGAAGAGGGAAAUCAAAGUCCUCAGCAUUUUGACGUUCGUGUCAACCUGCGUGUGGCGGUAUCUUUUCGGCCACAGUGGAGAGCUGCUCAAGGCACAGGACAACGAACUCGAGUAUAUGAUAAACGACAAACAACUCCUCCUUAACAAAUUUAUUUCCAUUCCGAGAGACAUGAAUCACGUCAACUGCGGCGCAUUCGCCGCAGGGAUAAUCGAGGGUAUUCUGUGUAGUGCUGAGUUCCCUGCAGCGGUUUCAGCUCACACGGUGGAGGACACCCCGAAUUCAAAAUCGACCACCUUUCUGAUAAAAUUUCUCCCGGAGGUCAUUGAGCGACAAAAGCGAUUGGGAGGAGGCGGUGUGACUGGAUGAUAGUGGAUGGGUGAAGCCAGAUGCAUGUCCAGGCUCAUCCACCAUGGAGAAGUGUCGGUGCCAUUGCGUAUGCGCGCUGUAUCUUCGUCGAGUUUUUGCGGCAGCUAGAUUGCAUUUGCAGCUGUACCAAAUUGUGUUGCAAGCUAUGUAACGCCUGAGUUCCAGGCAGGCAGUCAAUUGAUAGGGACUCCGUUACGGACUGUAGGAAGCGAACCAGCAGUUGCUUAUGGAAGCCGUGGUGCGUCUCCGCGCCGUGAGGAAGAGAUUAUGUGUGCAGAGCCGGAUUCUGUUAGUUCGCCAGUUGUUCGUAGUUGUAUCUGUCGUGCCUUUCUUUUUCGAUGGCAGUAACUUUCACGAGUGACCGUAAUCUACUACACUACUGGCACGGUGUGGCUUGCUCUGCCAGGAAGCAACAGCUGCACACAGGAACAAAAUGUAUACUCAUGUUUCUGCGCCUAAUUGAAACAUAAUGUGGCUACCACAGUGGCAUUUCAGCAAAUAACUGAGGCAUUUCAAUCACUUUGAGAUUUC